ACUCGUUAUCAUAGCAAAAGCAUCGACAUUUUUAUUUAUUCCGAACCUGUAAGUCAUGGUGUUUACGGCUGAGACAUUUUAGUUGUUGUUGGGAUGUUACAUGGCAAUAAAUCGUAAUAGUAAUAAUAAUACAAUUCUGAUAUUUAUAACAGCGUACGACAUUUGAACGGUUAAACAACAUCAUUGUUGUAUUACUUCAGUAAAAAAGAUUUAAAGUAAUCCAUCGUUUAAGAUGGAAGGCAAAAAAAAAUUGGCUCUACUUAUUGUAAACCAUUUGAAAACCCAACUAUCUAAUGGUAGCUUCAGUGAUGAAUCAAUGGAAAGUAUGGAAGUAGCAGUUCAGUGCAUUGAGUCAGCAUAUAAUUUACAUCCAACAGAAUCUGAUGAAAUUGACGUUAAGUUGGAAAGCAUUGUGAAAGAAUAUUAUCAAGUUAGAGAACCAGCGAUAAACGAAAAAUCAGAAAUAAGUCAAUUUAAUAAAGAACAAGCUGAACACCAUAAGAAAUUGGGGAAUGAUUAUAUGAAAAUGCAACAUAAUGACAAGGCUAUUGAAUCUUACACAAUAGCGAUCAAAUUAAAUCCACUCAAUCCAAUUUAUUAUUGCAACAGAGCUGCUGCCUUUAAUGCUAUCGGCGACUACAAUAGUGCUAUUAAGGAUUGCCAGAAGGCUAUUGAACUUGACUCUACAUAUUGCAAGGCAUAUUGUCGUUUGGGAUUAGCUUUUUCUUACCUGAAAGAUUAUAAGAAAGCAGUGUCGUGUUACAAAAAAGCAUGUGAGUUAGAUCCUGAAAACCAGGGUUAUCAACGGAACUAUCAGCUUACUUUGAAUAACUUGCUUACUAAUCCUGGACCACCACCAUCAACACCACCAUCACAAUCACCGAAUGACCCUAUCACAGCAACUCCAAAUAUUAUGGAAACCGCUGCACGUAUUAUGAAUGAUAAUCCAGAAGUUUCAACAGUGAUAAGCAACAUUUUGGGAGAUGUAACUAAUUCUGGAAGUGAUGGAUUAGAUAGACUGAUGCAAGUUGGACAAACUAUAGUUACUCGUCUGCAAACAGCCAAUCCCAAUCUGUUAGAUGGAUUACGAAUGCAAUUUCAGAAUGCUCAAAAUGAAGGACAACCGCCACCGCACAAUGGAUAUCAUGAUGAUGAACCUCAAUCUUAAUCUAACAAAAUAUAAGCUUUAAUAACAAAUAUUUUCCUAUUCAUAAACAUUCAUACAAUUACCUUUUUAAAAAUUAAAUUAAUUAUCGGUGUUGUUAAUAAUAUUUAGUCAGUUAGAAGUUGCCAAGUAUAAGUGCGGUUGGUGAACCAGGAGGCAACAUUUGUUGUGGGGAUAUUUAAAAACGAAAGUAAUCCAUUCUCGUACUACCACAUUUUUUUUAAUCUUAUACCUUUUAAUUAUUUUGAUAUUUACCAGUCUUCUUUAUUUUACAAUAAGGUCAUUCUAUAUAUUUAAUAUCCAUUCACUUUUGGUGUGUGAUCACUGAUCAUUUCCUAAAAAUACCAAUGAAGAUGGAGUCACCAACCAUGCAUACGUUUGGCAACAAUAAUAGUUCUUUGAAGUAUAGUAUAAACUAUAAAUUCUAUAAUAUUGGCCAUGGUUUUCAUUGCAAAUGAAAUCUAAGUAUAAUUAAAAUUAUGUUUGCAUACUCUUUUUGAAUACAUAUUACAAUAUAUUAUAA